AUGGCGGAGCAGGCUCUGGAGGUGGUUGCAAAGUGGACAACAGCGGUUGAUAGAGGUUGCAGUGACGCUGGAAGGCAGCGGUGGCCUGUGGCUAUUCGCGCGCAGGCCAAAGGAAUCUCAGUGGAUCCAACCAAGAUUGAGGUUGUUCGAGGAUGGAAGCAGCUGACGUGUGUGACCGAAGGGCGAAGCUUUUUGGGAUUGGCAGGCUACUAUCAAAGAUUCAUGGAAGGGUUUUCGAAGAUAGCUGCACCUAUAACAAAGCUCAUACGGAAGGAGGUCAAGUUUGAAUGGACUGCCAAGUGCGAGGACAGCUUUCAAGAGCUUAAGGACAAACUGACCUCGACACCUGUGCUGGCAAUGCCUAGUGAGCCCGAUGGAUCUGUUGUAUACACCGAUGCCUCGAAGGUUGGUUUGGGCUGUGUACUGAUGCAGCAUGGUCGAGUGAUCGCAUAUGGAUCACGCUAG